CUUCGGCAAGCCGGAAACCGGAAGCGCCGGCCUGGGACCGGGUGACGUGUUAAAGAGUGGGAGCUGUGUGAGAGCCCAGUCAGCCGAGCGGCCGCCAUGGAGGCGCUUUACCACCAGACCAACAAGCAGGUCCAUGAGGUCCAGUCAUACAUGGGUCGCCUCGAGACAUCAGACAAGCAGUCUGUCCACUUGGUGGAAAACGAAAUCCAGGCGCGAAUAGACAGGAUCUUCAGCAACUUGGAACGGUUGGAAAUCUUUUGUAACAAGGAACCUCCUAGCAAGCGGCAGAACGCCAAGCUACGAGUCGACCAGCUGAAAUACGACAUCCAGCACCUGCAGUCAGCGUUGAGGAACUUCCAGCACCGGCGUUACGCACGGGAGCAGCAAGAAAGGCAGCGGGAGGAGCUUCUGGCCCGAACAUUCACCACUAACGAUUCUGACACCACCAUUCCGAUCGAUGAAACCUUGCAGCAUAACGAGUCCCUCCAAAAUGCUCACCGUGGCAUGGAUGAUCUCAUUGGCAGCGGGACCAGCAUUCUGCAGGGCCUGAGGGAUCAGAGAAUGACAUUAAAGGGCACCCAGAAGAAAAUCCUGGAUGUUGUAAACAUGCUCGGCUUAUCCAACACAGUCAUGCGCCUCACUGAGAAACGUGCCUUCCAGGAUAAGUACUUCAUGUUCGGAGGCAUGAUCGUGACCUGCGUGCUCAUGUUCCUCAUAGUGCAGUACCUGACGUGAGCGGCGAGAGAACUUCCCAGCGGACUGUGAUGGACUGACUGCCUUUCUUCAUAGACUCCCAACGUAAUGGCGAACCUCCUGCCUUCUGGACUGGUCAUGUUCUCUCCUUACAGCAUCGUGAGAUGGCUCAGAUUUAGCAUACGUCGACUCGGGCCCUUGGUGCUGAAGGGGUGCUUACAAAGCCACACGGUGCUGAGAUGCGAUGUAAUUCUUCAGCCAGGUGGUGGGCUGUCUCUCUGUGCCCCAUGCAGGUUUAGAGGACAUUGGCAUGCGGUUGUCAUGCGCUGCUCACAGGAGCGGUGCACAUUCAUGUGGUCACAGAACCCCUGUGCAAUCGUGACGGAACCUAAGAAAACUGCACGACUGUGCAGUCUGUGGACCUGCAGACCCACUUGGUGUUCUUACGAACCAGGUUACAUACAUGAACGUUGUGGUCAGCUGAGCGGAUUUGAUUUAUUUUACCUUAAUAUAGUCCCAGGAUGCAAGGAGAGUAUUGUCCUGCCAUGGCUGAAACAAGUAGAAAUCUUCAUGGGCCAAAAAGAUCUUCUUUUUCGGAAGCUGUGUGCCUGCCUCUUAUUUAGAAUAAGCAGAUCCCGAAGGCUAGACAGCAAGGUAACUCAUUUUUGAACCAUAGUAAAAUAUUCAGGGUAAUGGAUGGCAGCAGUCACCCUCCACUUUGCAGAAGCUAGCUCUUGGUGCAAAAGGUUUGGGGCAGAACUGCCGGCUCAGUAGGUACGUUUCUACGGGGACACCCUGGCUGCUAUUGGAAGUAUAAUAUAUUUGCAAAGUUACUUGCAAAAGGCACUUAUAAAAAAAGGUUUUUAUCACAAUCAGGGCCACUGGGUCACUUCACAAAUAAUAGUCUGUAGCAAGCACCCUGCACAACAGCAAAGGAUAGGAGAUUCUCAGUUUUUAAUUUUAAAAGUUUCUAGUCUUCAUGGGUACAAGUGGAGGCUUACAAAGAUGAAGCCUGGCUUUAAUGACUGUCGAGAUGACGAUGGCAAUGCCAUAAAUUCCGUUGAACAAGA